AUGAGCAAGUUGAAAGGCAGUCGCCUCGAGGCGGAGGUCGACCGAGCUCGAACUGACGGUUUCAGAAUAAAAAAGCUAUGAAAAAUGAAGAAAAAGGCUUCAGGAAACUGGAAACGCCUCACGGAACUUCUUCCAGCCGUGAGGUCGAAACAUUCCGGUUUGGAAGAUGUCUACGAAUUAUUACUCGGAGAAGUUCAACUGGAGUCAUAUUUGGAGCAGCAAGGAGGUGGAUUUCGGGUCGAAAAUUGGGAUAAAUUGAUGUUUUGAGAAAUCCUACGGCCCAAUAAAGAUCACUACGACAAAGUGAAAGGAGCCGAGUCGCAGCUUUACACGACUAUUAGGUACAGUUUCAUUUUGAAAUGACAAAUUCUAUUUGAGGACUUGAAUAAAGCUGAAGAAGCUCUUCAAAAUGAAAAGUUAACCUGUAAAAAUACUCGAAAAGCUUCUUUUUUUGUCAUUUUUUAAAGCAAGAUGAAGAUUUUAUCGGUUUUUCAAUGAUUUUUUUAUUGUUAUCUUUCUAAUCCGUUUCGGAAAAAAAGAUAUAAACUCCCAGGAAAAAAACAUUAAGCUAAAAAUUUUUUUCAAAAUUUUCUUCAAAUUGCUUGUUUCAAUUUUUUUCAACAAUUUUCACUCACUUGAAUAUUGCUUCACGAACAGAAACUGAUGAUAAGACAAAAAGAAAGUUUUACGGUUUCUGAAUUUUUUUAGAAAUAAUUUGGUUCGAGUACGAAAAAUAUAUUAGUUCCUGUGAUUUUGAUGAAUUUAUGGUGUGAAAUAGUUUCCAUUUUUUUAAAAGAUUUCUAGCAAAAUUGCUCAAAAAAAUAACAAUUUUAAAUAAAAAAACGUUAAUAAAUAAAGUUGUUAGACCUUGCGAAUGUUCUUUAAAGUUCGAGAGCAUUUUUGAUAGUUUCAGAAAAAAAUUUUGAGAGAUAUUACUGAAGAGAAAAGUUUCCCCCUGAUGUUUAAAGAAAAAUCUCACCGAUCUUUCAAAAAAUUGAGUGAUCUUUCAAAGUUCAGGCGGAUUAGAAAGAAUCAGAAAUAUCUUGAAAAUCAACAGUAAAGAAAGAAAUUUUUUCCCGAUUUUCAGAGAGCACGGAAAAAACGGAAGCGCAAUUCUAGAAGCGAAUCUUCUGCUUUCAAAACUCCACUAUACCUGUGCCGAGUAUCAAAAGGUACAAUAAUUAGAAAAAUUACCUGUAUUGAACUCAUUUUUCAAAGUCUUUGAUCGACAUUGACAAUUCUGGAAUGGAAAACGCGAAUACGCCGUUUCGAACACUCCGAGCUCUUCGUCUUGUCGCCGAAGCUUAUGCCAUUAAAGGUAUGAAAUAUUGAGAAAAAGGGUUUGGAAAUAAUUUUGAAGUUCUGUAAGCAUUUUCUAGUCUUUGAAUGUAAUAAAAAACUUUUUGAUGUUGUAUUUGUAUUGAUUUUUUUAGAGCAUCAAAAAAAUAGUCACUUUUGCCUGAAGGAACGUUAAAAAAACUGCACUUAUAAUGUGAUAAAAAGUGAUAAAAAAUAUUUAAUUCCAGAGAGAUUCCUAAGAUUUAUAUUCUUUUUUGAGUUACAAUAAUUUUCCUCAUUAUGCAAACAUUUAAAAAAAAUAAUGGACGUUGACAAAACGACGAAACAUUGGAAAAAGAGAAUUUUGGGAUUAUUGGUAGUUAAAAUCAAAUCACUGUGUCAUACGUUUGAUAAAAGAUUCUUAAUACAAAAAAAGUGUUCGUGUAUGUCCUUUAGUCGCUUCUAAUUAAGAAAAAUCGUAUUCUGGAAAAUCUGUGAUUUUCGGAUCUUCGUCUAGAUUUAUAUUUGGAUAAAAAUUUUUUUUUUAAUCAUGUUACUUUUUUUGAUGAAUAAGUUCAUCAUUUUUUUCAAAAUGUCCAUAUAAAAUCAAAUUUUUUUGAAAAAUACGCUCAAAUUCGAAGAAAUGGAGUAAAAAUCUCGAAAAAUAAAAAGCAUAAACUAAUAGGAAAGAAACGGUUUUAAUUAUAUACCCGCACGAAUUCUCCCAAAUCGUUUAAAAAUUUAAUAAAAAAAUGAUAAAAAGUCAAAAAAGUUGCUUGUUUUUUAAUCACCUCGUUGAAGCUUGUCAAAAAUCUCAUCGUCUUCAUUUUCAGGACUUUGCCUGGAAACAAUGGAAGUCAGUUCAAGAUCCCGCUCGGAAAGCGUCGGAUCCAACACUUCCUACGAACAAAAAGCCCUCUUUUGCUUUGAAAAAUCCGCCGAAUUGGCCAUUUCUUUCAUCAAUGAACUGGAAAAGACGAUAUUUUCUGCGCAAGCUCCGAAAGGUGACAAAAAUGGAUUCAUUUAUUUGGAAAAUGAGGAUUUUUAGGAGCAAAUGUCAGCACAAGCUCUGUUACGGGGAAACCGGCCGAGAAGCUUGGUUCGUUUUUGAAUAGAUAUUUUUUUUAAAGUUAAGAUUUAGAAAAAGUUUUAAGAAGCAUAAUGAGAAAAAUAAGGAAAUUUAAAUUUCAGGAGAAAUCUUGGAAUGCUGCUUGGAAAGAGUGGCUGUCCUUCGGGCCAAAGAUACGAUUGCACAGAAGAAAAAAAUGGAAGCGAGGGGAUCGAAUGGUUUUUUCAGUUUACAAGUUGAAAAAAAGAAAUGGGAAACUAUCCUUGAUGUAGGGAUUUUUCUUUUUUUCAAAAAAAUGCGUUUUUUUAAACAAAUUUUUUUAAACAAAAGUUCUCUUUAAAAAGAGAAAAAAACAACUUCUUUUUCAAAAAUUAAAUAUUUUUUUAACCUUAAUAUUUAUUCGCUAAGUUGAGUAAUUUUAUUUUUUUAGUGUUAUUUUUUUCGAUAAAGCCGAAGUCAAUAGCUCUUCAAUUUUUUUAGUGUUUCAACCGAAUUCCUAUUUAUUUACAGUAGUGUGGGAAAAGGUUCAAGUUAAAUGCAAUUAGGAAUUUUAAAAAUUUUUUUUUGUUCGAGCCUUUUUUUGAGAAAGUUCAGGAUCAAAGAAAUUUUUUUUAGUAUUGUUUUAUAAUAAUAAUAAUAAUUUAAAAAAAUUUUUAUUUGAUUAGAAAAAAAUGUUUAAAUGAAAAAAAUCGAUAAGUGAAAGACGAAAGAAGAAUUUUGGUGAAUUAAAAAUUUGAAUUUGGUCAUUUUCCAAGCUCCGCCCCUACUUGUGCGUUAAACCAAUCAAAGAGCGAGCCAUCCACAGAGCGUUUUCGAAUGACGUCAUUGUUUUUGAUAUUCAAAAUCUGAACAGGUUAUAUACUGUAUUCGACAUAGAAAGGAAUAUGUAUUAUCAUAUUCACGUUGAUUCACCAUUUAAAAGUAUUUGUGAAACAGUAACUUGAGUUCUGGAUCAAAAAGUAGCUUGGAGCAUAACUUACAGUGAUUUCAAAGGUGAGUUGGAGCGAAAAUUUGGAAAUCAGUAUUUUUUAAAUGUGAUAUAGCUCAUUCCGCUCCAGCUUCUCACGAUUUUUGUUUUCUUCCACGUUAAAGAAUCCUUCCAUUCGAUGCGCGCGACCUGUCUCUGUGCGCCUUUAUAGCUAAUUCACGGCUGUCUUGAGCCAUCGCGAAAAGGGUCCUGCCACGAAAAGAGACGAGAAAGUGCCCUGGUUGGUGGAGAGUGCAGACAGGCCACGCCUUUUUGAGUCCCAAGCUAGCCGUGAAUCGUCUAUAAUAAAACUGGCAUAUUAAAAGGCGCAUGCACAGAUACAGGCCUCGCACUUCGAAGGGAGAUUUUUGUUGGAAUGAAAUAAAGAUCAGCGAAUUUUCGAACGUCGACUUUUCCAUAUCGCUAGGAAACUUCCCGAUGGCUAGUAUUUUUCCGAGUUUUUUUCUCGAUUAACUCUUCGUUUUGAAUUCUCUCAUAUAAAAUAGGCAGUUGAUUCAUUAACAUAACGCUAAAAAAAGGUUAAUAGAUCUUUUUUAAACCGAAAAAUAUAAGGGAAAAGUUUUUGAAGGUACCGGCGAAUCAUCACCUGCCUCGGCGACAAGUCAACCGGCGAGCGACUGCAGCAAAAGUUGUCGCGACAACUCGCAGAACUCCUCAUUCGCGCCGCGAUCCCCAGCGAUCGGGCGAUCAGCGAGGCGCUCAGCAUGA